AUGGCUGGAGGGUAUCCCAAGUGGGUAUGGUCGCCAUCAGGCGGAUGGCAAUGGCAGGACGUGAUGAAGCCGGGAAUGCAAGGAGCACAUAACAAGAACUGGGCUAGAAACACAGGAAUUGCCUUGGCAGCUUCCUUUGCCUUUACUGCAUAUCUUUUCAACGUUUCUCGACAGAUUGAGCAGAGGCCCCAAGAGCCCGUUAGGAAGAUUCCAUCCAUCCACUGGUGGGGGAGGAAAGAGCUCAGGGACGCCUAUCCUGACCCCAAACCCUUCUGAACAACUUCUUGUGUGCUUCCCUGUGGGAGCAGUUAGCACGUGCAUGAAAAACAAACUCUAUGACAGCG